AUGCCCUUCACCCACGGGGCUGCCUGCCCCCCAUCCCUCCCAGCCACCGCAGCCACCAUGGGCGAGCCUGAGCCCUGUGCCCAGGCCCCGCUGGCCGUCCUGGCCAAGGUGGAGCUGCGGGUGAGCUGCAAACACCUCCUGGACCGCGACACCCUCAACAAGUCGGACCCCUGCGUCCUGCUGCUGAUGCAGUCCCAGGGCCAGUGGAUGGAGCGCAGCGAGGUCAUCAAGAGCAACCUCAACCCUGUCUUCGCCAAGAUCUUCACGGUCGAUUACUACUUCGAGGAGGUGCAGAAGCUGCGGUUCGAGGUGUACGACAGCCACGGGCACGCCGGCCUGGGCACACACGAUGAUGACUUCCUGGGGGGCAUGGAGUGCACCGUGGGGCAGAUCGUGGCGCAGAAGCGGGUGACGAAGCCGCUGUUCCUCAAGUACGGGAAGUUCGCGGGCAAGUCCACCAUCACGGUCAUCUCGGAGGAGAUCUCGGGCAACAAUGGCUACGUGGAGCUCGCCUUCCGGGCCAAGAAGCUGGAUGACAAGGACCUCUUCAGCAAGUCAGACCCCUUCCUGGAGAUCUACCGUGUGGAUGAUGAUGGUGGGGAGCAGCUGGUGUACCGCACCGAGGUGGUGAAGAACAACCUCAGCCCCAUCUGGGAGCCCUUCAAGGUCUCCCUCAACUCGCUCUGCAGCUGUGAGGAGAAGAGGAAGCUGAGGUGCGUGGUGUGGGACUACGACUCGCGGGGCAAACACGACUUCAUCGGGGAGUUCUUCACCACCUUCGAGGAGAUGCAGAAGGCCAUGGGGGAGAACAAGGUGCAGUGGGACUGUGUGAACCCCAAGUACAAGAUCAAGAAGCGCAACUACAAGAACUCGGGGGUUGUGGUGCUGCUGGACCUGAAGAUCCACAGGGUUUACUCCUUCCUGGACUACAUCAUGGGUGGCUGCCAGAUUCACUUCACGGUGGCCAUCGACUUCACGGCCUCCAACGGGGACCCCCGGAACAGCUGCUCCCUGCACUACAUCAAUCCCUACCAGCCCAACGAGUACCUCAAGGCACUGGUUGCUGUGGGCGAGAUCUGCCAGGACUAUGACAGUGAUAAGAAGUUCUCAGCUCUGGGCUUCGGUGCAAGGAUCCCUCCCAAAUACGAGGUCUCUCAUGACUUCGCCAUCAACUUCAACCCCGACAACGACGAGUGUGAGGGCAUCCAGGGUGUCGUGGAGUCCUAUCAGAGCUGCCUGCCCAAAAUCCAGCUCUAUGGCCCCACCAACGUGGCCCCCAUCAUCUCCAAGGUGGCUCGCGUGGCAGCCGAUGAGGAGAGGACCAAGGAGGCUUCGCAAUACUUCAUCCUGCUGAUCCUGACGGACGGGGUGGUGACGGACAUGGCGGACACGCGGGAGGCCAUCGUCCGCGCCUCCUACCUGCCCAUGUCCAUCAUCAUCGUCGGGGUGGGCAACGCCGACUUCACCGACAUGCAGAUCCUGGACGGGGAUGACGGCGUCCUGCGCUCCCCCAAGGGGGAGNGUGUCCUAAGGGACAUCCUUGAGCUGGUAAUGGGACCCUCGUGUGGUUCUGGCCCUCCAGCGGGUCCCCCGUGUCCCCACGGGCACUAUCCCUGUGCCAUAGCAGCCCCUGGAAGUGGGCACAAUGACCUGCCCUGGCAGCUCCUCAAAAGGUUCAACAACCAGCUGAGGCUGCCGGAGGCCAACCUGACCCUGCUGGACGGCACCCACACCAACAUCCCCAAGCUGCGCCGCGGGCAUGUGGGCGGGCAGUUCUGGUCGGUGUACGUGCCCUGCGAGACGCAGAACAAGGACGCGGUGAGGCGCACGCUGGAGCAGAUCGACGUGGUGCAGCGCAUGUGCCAGCUCUACCCCGAGACCUUCGCCUGCGUCGUCGACAGCACCGGCAUCCGCCAGGCAUUCCAGAGCAAGAAGGUGGCCAGUCUCCUCGGGGUGGAGGGCGGGCACUCCAUCGACAGCAGCCUGGGCGUCCUGCGCACCUUCUACCGCCUGGGCGUGCGCUACAUGACCCUCACCCACAGCUGCAACACCCCCUGGGCUGACAACUGGCUGGUGGACACUGGGGAAGAGCCAGUCCUGCACCACGGCCUCUCGCCCUUUGGGAAGACGGUGCUGGAGGAGAUGAACCGCCUGGGUAUGAUCGUGGACCUGGCCCAUGUCUCAGUGCAGACCAUGAAGAUGGUGCUGACCCUCUCCAAAGCCCCCGUCAUCUUCAGCCACUCCUCCGCCUACAGCCUCUGCCCGCUCCCCACCGGCCUGGAGGACGUCUCCACCUACCCUGCACUGGUGGCUGAGCUGCUGGCGAGGAACUGGACAGAGGCAGAGGUGAAACUGGCCCUGGCUGAAAACCUGCUCCGUGUCUUUGAGAAGGUGGAGGAGACCAAGGUGGCCCUGCAAGGCACAGCAGCCCAGGAGACACCCAUUGCCUUCGAGGAGCUGGAGGGGACGUGCAGGACCCUCUACGGCUACCCCAGCAGCGCCAGCACCGCCCGGCUCCCAGCGCUGGCCCUGGCCCUGGCCCUGCUCCCUGCCCUGCUCUCCUAG